UAGUCGCACAUACACACACGGACAAAUAGCAAAUACACACAUGCGUGCACGCGUACAUGUUGAUUCUUAGCGCCCGCAUAUAUACCCGAUAGUAUGCCGUGUACUAUAAACAGCUGUGGGUCAAGGUUAGAAUUGCACAGCGACAGCUUCAUACCGUCUGAGCCGUGGAUUAUGGGCGCACCAAGUAGUUUGAAUAAUGGUAACCCCGAGGAUGGCCUCUACGGAUAGUGAACAUCCGAAUUACUUCCACGGACUAUAUCAUACGCAGAUAUACUUUAAGGAUUUGACAAUUUCCACGUGGUGGGGAACCUUAGUAUCAUGCAUGCUACUAUUUUUGCUGGCUAUUUGUUAUGAAGGCCUGAAAGUAGUUCAGGGCGUAUAUCUAGCGCAGACGACAAGAUCUUUUGGUGAGGCCUCUGAAGAAAGAUAUUGCAGUCGUCAGCAAAGCGGAAAGACACAAGCACACCACGAAAACAAGAAGUCCCCGGCUUUAGUCUUUGCUGAAGUAGAGAAAAGGAAACCGCCAGUGGGUGAGAGAAAUGCACCAAGCAAGAAGAUCACAUCUUUUUUAUAUGCUUUUAGAUACUGGAUCACAGCACGUAGAUGUAUAUGCAUCUGCACGCACUUGCUCCGUUCCUGCAUUCAUUCAUUACAACUGAUUCUGGGCUAUUUUUUGAUGUUGGCAAUUAUGACCUACAACUACUGGUACCUUUUGGCUGUGUCAUUGGGUGCAGGACUAGGGUACUGUCUCCUCUAUAGAAAAAUGGUCAAACUUGAAAAUAUCGAAGAGCAAAGAACAGCAGCAAUAUCAGAAGACGUUACCGAUUAUCAAACUUUAGAAAGCAAUCACCUACUGCACAAGGACUACAUAAAUAUUUUCUCAUUGUCGGUUCCUUUCUCUGUAGAAAACCAAGGACUUGGAAAACACGUUAACUCAGAGCAUCAGAAAAUACGACCAAACUCAAAGUUAUAUUUGAGAGAAACCUCGGUUUAGAAUACCAGCAAUUAAUG